ACUGAUGGAGCAAGCGUAUCAUUCGUAACAUCACAUACUAUACGAUAACAUUCAAAACAAAUUGAGCACGUUGGCCAAAUAUUCUGGAUUUCACGCAUCGACAACCUGAAGACUUAAUCGGACCGUCGUAUUUUUCUAAAUUGACUUGCACUACAACAUUGUUGAUCAAAAGCAUUCUUUGUAAAAAUUAAGAAUCAAAUUUUCUGUUACAUUCUAUUGUUUGGCAACCUCUGAAUUGCACAAUGGAAGAUUCCAUCGAAUGGAAACUACUAAAAAUGUGCUCCGACCGAAUGGAUUUGAUUAUCACAUCGUCGGUCACUUAUUCGAAGAACGAAUAUUUCUGCAGCAUUGUUAUUGAUGGCCUAUUGAUAGCUGCAACAAAAGGUCUCACUUUAUUUGAGACAAUCAAUGCAACUUCUAAGAAAGCAAUCGAAAAAAUUCAAGAUUACUCGAGACCGCACAUGGGAUAUUGUUCACAGUCAGAAGAGCCUACAUUUGAUUUGGAUGAAAAAUGUCACCAAUUUUUCCCGAUAUUCGAACAGUAUAUCGUUAACUUCAAGAACCACAUUGCUUCAACCAGCCAGUCAUAUCAAACGCCAAGCACUUAUGGCCAAUUGUAUGAAUCGCCAAACAGCUAUGUAAGCCCAUCUGAUCCGUCGAAUUGGACCUGGAACAAUUCGGAGUCCUACAAUCCGAAUUACUAUCUGACUAAGAAUUACACAACGGUGACAACAGUGAAGAUGGAAACCCGUGAUAUUAAAGUCGUCAGCCGGAAGAUGAUCCAUGAAGGACACGCUCACAUCGAUCAAAGCAACAUCGGCUUUAAGAUGCUCCUCGGCUUAGGAUGGUCUGGCGGGCCUCUCGGCGCGAAUCAAGACGGCAUUUCCGAACCAAUUAGUGUUGAAUUACGAGCAAGACGAAGUGGUUUGGGCGCCGACCGACAAUCAUACAGAUCGGCAUACGGAAACAUUACCGGUGACACAUUAUUUCAAUUUCUGAAAAGCUAUGCAGACGAUGACCGACAGUACGAAGAUCUGGAAUUUUCAGAUGAAUUUUCCAAUAAAGAGAAAAAGAAAUUAUUUGGGUGAGAAAAGUGGUCGUGUGUCGUAAUUUCAAGAGAUCUAAGUUUACUCCAUGAAUCGGAACAUCGAAAUGGUAUGCUCGUUGUGAAAAUAAUGAAGCCGAAAUACAAUUACCACUAAUUACCACUGUGGUCACUCAAAUAAAUUGUUUAUAUACGAUAACAGUUGUACCAUGUAUACCAAAUAAGAAAACAUAUUUUAAGAAUGAAAAUAAAAAUUUUGUUACAGGACCGA